AUGAAGAUCCUAGUGUUUUCAUUACUACUCAACAUCUCAAUACAAACCAACUUUCCGUCGGUUACGGUUACCGCUGAAAUGCUUCAGCAACGACUAGGUGUCAAUUCCAUCGAUAAAAGUUCAACUUCGAAACCCAUAUCAGACAUUGACUUACCACCAACUUUACCAAUGAUCUUUGGCACUGAAAAUUCUUCUGUUAUUUUUGCACAAUCUGGCUCAAUCGCAUUGUUACCGUGUAUUAUACACAACCUUGGCGACGGAACAGUGAGCUGGAUAAGACGAAAAGCAGUACAGCAGUUGUUAACAGUUGGGCUGUCGACAUAUGCAAGCGACGGACGAUUCCAAGCGAUCCACUUUCACCACAACGAAGAUUGGACUCUUCAAAUAAAAUACGUUCAGUCUAGGGAUGCUGGAAUAUAUGAGUGCCAAGUGUCCACUCAUCCACCCACGAGUAUAUUUCUGUUUCUCGAGGUCGUUGAGGCAAGCGCUGAAAUAGAUGGACCAGCAGAAAAAUUUGUACGACCAGGUAGUACACUUCAACUGCACUGUCAAGUAAAAAAGUCAACGGAAGUACCGUCAUAUUUGUUUUGGUUCCACAACUUCCGAAUGAUAAACUACGACGUGGAUCUAGGAGUAAAUGUCAGCACGGAUUUGACGAACCGUGAAAGCUGGCUCUACGUACCUAGAGCAUUAGACAGACACUCCGGAAAUUACACGUGUAAGGCAAGUAACGCUCAGCCAGCACGUGUUUAUGUUCAUAUAUUUAACGGAGACAAUCCUGCAGCAAUGCAGCACAGUCUAGCAUCAACACGAUCAACUUUUCUCGCAACACUAGCCUGGCUCAUCAUUUCCGCCGUCCAAACUUCUAUCGACUCACAACUAAGAAUUUUUUAA